AUGCACCGCCAGUUCGGACAUUGCUCCGCAAAACGGCUCGAGCAACUACUCAAGCAGAGUGGCUACAAAAGCGCAACUUUGCAGUCUGAUGUGGAAAGUGCAGUUGAUGAAUGCGAAACUUGCAAGAAGUUUGGCCGUGCUAAACCAAAACCUUCGGAUUCCUUGCCUCUUACAGUGAAGUUCAACCAGGUGGUUUCUAUGGAUUUGCACAAAUUGAGCGAGCUCGGGCCUAAUACGCAUUAUUUUCAUCUUAUAGAUCUUUUUACGCGUUUCAGCGUUGCCUGUAUAGUUCACAACAAAAAUCCUGAGACCAUCAUAAGUGCGGUUUUGAGAAAUUGGUGCGUCGUAUUUGGGCUACCAGAAACAUUUAUGAGUGAUCGAGGAGGUGAAUUCAACAACGAGAGGUUUCUGUCUAUGACUGAGUGCUAUAACAUCUGGGUUAUUUCGAGUGCAUCGUACAGCCCUUGGUCUAACGGGGUUGUUGAGAGGCUUAAUGCGAUUGUUACUGAAGCUUUCUGGAAAACAAGAUCAUCUGGUGAGAGCACAGACGAUAAUUUAUGUCUCCAAUUUGCCGUACAUGCCAAGAAUUGUCUGUCUAACGCGUCAAGUUUCACUCCUUUUCAGCUGGUUUUCGGGUCCUCCCCAAACUUGCCGAAUGUAAUUGAGGAUAGAGAUCCAGCUCUAGAAUGCGUGACGACCUCAGAGUACGCACGUGAACAUCUGAACCUGCUCAACAAGUCUCGACAAGCCUAUAUAGAGUGCGAGUCCUCUAACCGUAUCAAAAGAGCAUUGAGAACAAAUGUUCGUAGCGGCGAAGAAGUCCAACCGUCUGAUCAAGUGUUUUACAAAAGGUCUGAAAACCAAUGGAGAGGCCCAGCCACACUUGUGAACCGACUAGGAUCCGAGAUUGUUGUUAAACAUGGCGGUCAGUUGAUCAGUGUCCAUCCAACUCGCGUCCGGAAGUGUCAGUCGGACAGUAUAGAAACGCUGACCACAGCCGCUCAUCCCGAGAACAGAACAGAAAUUCCGUUAGUCAUUGGUUCAGAAAGUACCAAAGUAGACACCAGAACUUGCCCAGCAACUGCAGUGAAGAGUAAUGAAGAAGAAUAUAAUGUCGCUGAAGACCGGAUUCCACCAGAGAAAAGCGUUGAACAAGUAGAUAAUCACGCUCAAAACGGUAUGAAGAAUUAG